CUUACUCUCCCCUCUCUCUCUCUCUCUCUCAGCUGCUUUUCUUGCCCCAACCGAAGUCGCUAUCGCUGCUCAUUUCUUCGACACCUUUCUUCCCAAUUCCACGCAAGUACAUCUCUUCUGCAUCUCCUCAACGUAUUCUUGAAAAUCCUCCCAACUCCAUUGCCUGUACAACAUUUGUCACUGAAGCCAAUUUGGCUGCUGCACCUUUGGAGUAUAAAAAAGAUGGCUAAGAAAAAGAACCCUCUUGUAUUUUUGGACAUAUCCAUCGAUGGAGAUCCUGCAGAAAAAAUGGUUAUUGAGCUUUUCUCAGAUGUCGUUCCAAAGACGGCCGAGAAUUUCCGAGCACUUUGUACCGGUGAGAAGGGCAUUGGAGCUUCUACUGCCAAGCCACUUCAUUAUAAAGGAUCAACUUUUCAUCGCAUAAUUAAAGGAUUCAUGGCUCAAGGUGGUGAUUUUUCAAAACAAGAUGGAACUGGUGGAGAGAGCAUAUAUGGUGGAAAGUUUGCAGAUGAGAACUUUAAGCUGCAUCAUGAUGGGCGUGGGCUUUUGUCUAUGGCAAAUGCUGGUCGAGACACAAAUGGGUCCCAAUUUUUUAUUACCUUCAAGGCCACCCCACAUCUUGAUGGCAAACAUGUUGUUUUCGGAAAAGUUGUGCAAGGAAUCGACAUUCUGAAGAAAAUAGAACAGGUGGGCACGGAUCUGGAGAAACCCACUUGUCCUGUAAAAAUUGUGGAUUGUGGUGAAGCUUUUGAAAGUAAAACUCGUGCUGCAGGAAAAACAGAGAAAGACAAGAAGAGAAUUAAAAGAUCAGGAAAAGAUCUUUCGUCUGAUGAUACUUCUAAUGGACGAGGCAGGGGAAGAUCCAAGAGAUCUCACAAGGAUAGGAGAAAGAAGAGAAAGAGGAGAUACUCUUCAUCAGAUAGUUCAGAUGACAGUGAUUCUGAUUCCUAUUCUUCUGGUAGUGAAUCUGACUCCUACUCAUCAGAUACAACUUCAUCUAGCGAUGAAAGGCAUCGGAAGGGUAAGAAAUCAAAAGGAGACAGGCAUAGACGGGGGAAAAGGAAGAGGGAGCAGCGUAGAGAGAGGCGACGAAGACGGCGUGAUAAUAGAUCAAAGCGCAAAUCAAGAUGGACUUCAGAGAGUUCUGGUGACUCAGAGAGUGAGUCUACUAGAAGUAGCUUUGACACUGAAGAAGCUGCUGGUCAAGGACCUGCUCAUAAAACCAAAAGUGCGUCACGACACGCAAAUAAACCGCUGCAAGUUCAUGUAGGGAAACAAUCUUCACCACCUGUCCUGGGAAGAGGUGCAGUUUCAAGUGUGCUAAAGAAAGACCGAUCAAAGAGUACUGAGGAUUAUGCUUCUCAUGAAGAGGGUGAAUUUUUCCAAGAGAAUGGUGAAUUCCUGAACAAUAGGAAUGGCAUAGAAAACAAAUCUGAUAAGACUAUGGAUAGGCAGCCCAAUUCAGAUGAUAACUCAAGAAAAUCCCGGAGCCUGACAAUGAGUCGGAAAAGGAGUAUGAGUGUGAGUCCUAGGCGCAGCCCAAGUGCGAGUCCUAGAAGAAGUCCAAGGAAGAGCCAGCGCUCGCGAAGUAUAAGCAGAGGCCCGGCUAGACAGUCGAGUGGGAAAGACUGCACAACUUAUUCAAGGAGUCCAAUAAGGAGUCCUGAACACAAUGCUCCAGCACCAUCUCCUAAACACGGCAGGAGUUUGUCAAGAAGCCCUUCUCCCGAUGGGACUCCAAAACGCAUCAGGAGAGGGCGUGGUUUCAGCGAGCGUUACUCAUAUGUGCGUCGGUACAGGACUCCUUCACCAGUGCGUUCACCUGUUAGAUCUCACCACUAUGGGGGAAGAAAUUUUCAAGAAAGGAACCGUGAAAGGUACCCAAGCUACAGGAAUUAUUCUGAGCGCUCACCUCGACGUUACCGGAGCCCACCAAGAGGCAGAAGUCCCCUCAGAUACAGAAGCCGCAGGAGUCGAAGCAGGAGCAUCUCGGGCAGCCCAGUUGGUUAUCAUGGCCGUGCCAGGGACCACAGCCUGAGCCCAGUACCAAGCCAAAGUCCAGCUGAUGAGCGUCCGUCAAUGAGUGAGAAACUUCGAUCUCGCCUUGGUCCCCAAGGUGGCAACCACCCUUCAGAUGGCAAGGGAAGAUUGAGAUCAAGGAGCCGAAGUGUGUCUAUAUCCAGAUCACCUGCCAAAGUGCACCCACCGAAGACUUCGAAGUCGCCCAGCCAGUCGGGAUCUGGCAGCCCCACCGGAAAAAGGGGUUUAGUUUCCUAUGGAGACGGGAGUCCAGAUACUGGGCCAGGCUAGUUUUGGGACUGCAUCUCAGUGGCUGAGGUCAAGAGCACUAAACAUGUUUUUUGGGUACAUGAUUGAUUUUGUGCACUUUUAGUUCAUAAUGGUUGCUAGCGGUUUGAUUCAAGUUGGACCAAUGAAAAGAGAAAAUUCAUUUCAUGUUAUAGAGAGAACUGAUUACCUACAAUGGAUUUAUAAAGAACUCUCCUACAAACAGUGAUUGGUUAAACAACAACCUGUUCUACAA